CAACAAUAUCGCGCCUAUGCCCAACAGGCACCGCAACGGUCGCCGCAUCCCCCGAACCAGCGGCGAGGGGGGAUUGGGCCCAUGAUGUCUUCUGGACCGCAUCCCUCAGUCCCUCUUACACAGGCGCAGAUUGCCCAGCAGCAGCAGGCGCAAGCACAUGCUAGCGAAUUAGCAAAGCGGAGAAGUCGCAAGCCAACCGACAAGAAUAUUCCUGAUGGCGUGGAAGACUGCAUUAUCGAUCCGGAUGGCGUCAAGAGAUAUGCAGAAUUGAGAGAUAUCGAGAGAUUGAUCGACGCCACGAUUACACGAAAACGACUUGAUGUGCUUGAUGACGCAAAACGAAGUUCCAAGUUACGGAAAACACUGCGAGUCUGGAUCAGCAAUACCACCGAAGACCAGAUCUGGCAAGGGAAUAGUCUCAAUGCCGAUUCUUUUGACUUUACACCGGCCACGGAAGCAUCUUACCGUGUGAAAAUCGAGGGUUAUCUCCUGGACGAAGACGAUCAAGCCACGAACGAGGAUGCGACAUCCAAAGCCUCUCCUGCAGCAGACAAACAAGAAGAAGGCGGUUCGACCCAGAAGCCUGCUGGUACGGAGCCGAACCAAAAGAAGCACCGAUUUUCACAUUUCUUUCAAUCCAUUACCGUUGACUUUGAUCGCUCUCGGUUCCGGAAUGGCUCUGAACAUAAUGUAGAAUGGAGACGACCAGAGAGUUCGCAGGGCCAACCAGGUGCUGCCGUGCCUCCUGAAGCUGACUUUGAUGAAUUUACUUUCAAGCGCAAUGGGGAUGAGAACAUGAACAUCACAAUCAAUUUACAGAGACAUGAGUCACCCGAAAGAUACCAGCUGACUCCCGAGCUCGCGCAAAUCGUUGACAUGAAGGAAGCGACGCAACAUGAGGCUGUUAUGGCACUGUGGGAAUACAUCAGGCUAUCCGGAUUGCAAGAGGAUGAAGAAAGGCGUAACUUUCGUUGCGAUGCAUAUCUGAAAAAGGUUAUUGGUCGAGAUUCUGGCGUUAUACCAAUGCUCAGCGAGUAUGUAAUGCCACAUCUUCGUCCUCUGCCCCCCAUUUCUCUCCCAUAUACGAUUCGAGUGGACGAAGAAUUCCACAGAAACCCUCAGCCUACGGUGUACGAUAUUCAGGUGCUGGUGGAGGAUCCCAUUAAGGCUAAUUUGCGUCCUUUGUUGAACAACCCUCAAUACGCUGCCACGUUGAAGCAGAUUACCGGGUUAGAUGAGCAGCUUGCUAGGCUUGUGCAGGCGAUCUCAAUGUCCAAAGCCAAGCACUCCUUCUUCUCAUCGUUGAGUGAAGACCCUGCCAAUUUCGUAAAGAGUUGGCUCAGUUCACAGAAACGCGACCUGGAGAUCAUUAUGGGCGAGGCGGCAAGCGAUGCCGAAAAUGUUGCUGGCGAUGAGUGGCGACGAGGCGGGAACAAUAGCGUGUGGAACAGCCAAAAUGCUCGAGAAAGCGUCAACGUGCUGCUCUCUAGACAACGAUGAAAUUGCUUGGCUUGAGUUUUUGCGAAUUAAUAGGAGAUUCAAACAAAGUUUAUUCAACAGGCGCGGGUGAAUGAGUGGGAAGGAAAUAGAUGAAAAGCUACGGUAGCAAGUCAUGAUAUGUUGCUCGGAGAGCUGGAGUGUGGUUCAAAAGUUGGGUGUGAUAGAUAUCCAACUGAACUUUUUGCUUGCACACCAAAUCAGUUUGUAAUAUUAUCUUCUUUAAUGGCAUACCCCUUGACCUGC